AAAAGAUUCGUCUUGUGAUUUACAGCUAAACUGUGUAAUUAGUUUUUGUUUUCGUCUAUAUUUAAUGUUUUAUGCAUGUGCUACAAGAUUCGAUGUGACGGGGAAUCUUGAAAACUUUUUGUUUUUCAGGGUGAACCAAACAAGGCCGUGGUGAACAAGUGUUACCACUCGGCAAUGGCCAACGGCAUGUAUAGACCCUGUGUGUACAGUACAGGGUGAUUGAUGUAUGUGUUGGGAGGGGAGGCUGGCAGGCCGGCCACACUUUGUACAUUGUGACUUGUGAGUGAUAAUUUAUCAUAUGGCAAUGCUGCUGCCUUUGCGUAGUCGGUUGGGGAGGGAAUGAAUUGCAGAGGAAGCAAGGCACAAAAAAAGAAGAAGGAGGGAAUGCAGAGCAGAGGCGAGUAUUAGUAUUUCCAUUCCUCUCCUUCUCGUAGUAGGUUGCCAACAUGACAUGACAUGACAUGACAGAUUAACAUGGCGCUCAACUACAUGGGCGUCGCCGCCAUCAACUUGGUGGGCGCGCUGCUUUCCAUCCCCGUGAUCGCCGCGGGCAUCUGGCUGUCGACGCAGGCCGACAACGCCUGCGUCCAGAUCCUCCAGUGGCCAGUGAUUGGCCUCGGCGUGGCUGUCCUCGCGGUCGGGCUCGCGGGCUUCGUGGCCGCCUUCUGGCGCCUGCCGUGGCUCCUCCUCGUCUACCUCGUCGCCAUGUUGGUCGUCGUCGUGGCGCUGGCCUGCCUUGUCGUCUUGGUGUUGGCGGUGACCACGGGGUCGUCGGGCCACCGGGUGCCGAGCCGGGAGUUCCUCGAGUACGACCUGGACGACUACUCGGGCUGGCUGCGCGCCCGCCUGGACGCACGCUGGGACCGGAUCAAGGCCUGCCUGGCCGCCACGCCCACCUGCAGCGACUUCAACGGGACGUACGCCACGGCGCAGGACCUGUUCACGGCGCCGCCCAACAGCAUGAGCCCUCUGCAGUCGGGCUGCUGCAAGCCUCCCACGAGCUGCGGCUACACCUUGGUGACCCCGACGUACUGGAUCAGCCCCAUCAGCGCCACCGCCGACCCCGACUGCGCCGCCUGGAGCAACGAGGAGGCCAAGUUCUGCUACUCCUGCUCCUCCUGCAAGGCCGGCCUGCUGCAGAACCUCCGCACGGAGUGGCGCCGCGCCGACAUCAUCCUCGCAGUCGCCACUGUCGCGCUGCUCGGUGUCUACGCCAUGGGCUGCUACGCGUUCCGCACGGCCAAGACCGACCAACUCUUUCGACGCUACAGGCAGGGCUACACUACACAUGAGUAGUUAGUACAUGCAUGUGAUGCCUAAUUAACUAAUAACUCCUUAAUUUGCUGUUACAUGCAUGCAUCUUUAUAUCAUAUAUAUAUUGCCACUCUCAAAGAUUAAUAAUUAAUUCGCACUUCUGCUGGAGUGGAAGCCCCUUGAA